GUUGUAUUAAACUGCCAUAUGCGCUUAACUCGCCCGAAAUGACUAGAGCCCAGUCCAUUUUUUAGUCUUACUGCAGUGCAGGUGCUGCGAUGUUGAAAUCUUUAUUCAGCUGCCUCUCAGAUGAGCCAGACAGUUUGCCCUCGGCGAACGCGUAUGAGAGGGCGCUGAACCGUGUUCAAGAACGGGGCACGUCAGUGGCUUCCGCUGUCCGGAGAGAUGAUAGUCGCGCUGUGGAGCUACAAUGGCAGGUGCUUUACGACAGCCUGCACCUGGUGCAAGGCUCGUGGUUGGAACGACUUACACAGAUGUCUUCGCUGGCGGCGGCUUGCAGCGGUGCAGCGUUCGUGAGUGUGCACCUGCGCUGUCCGGCGCAGUCGUGCUUCGUGGUUGUGUCCAGCGGCGGGCCCCAGGCGGAGCUGCUACAGCCGGGAGACGUAUCGGCAGUAGCAGCAGCUGCAGCCGGCGGCUCAGCCGAGCAGCCGAUGCUCUCAAUUGAGGCGGAGUCGGCGGCGGCAUCUGACCUGGCAGCGGGGGCUGGGGUGCAGACGUUGGAGGGGAACGGCUCGGCGGCGGCUGAGCCCGCCGGCUUUGUGUCUGUCCAGACGCCGCGGUCGCCGCUGGGCGUUGUUGGCGCGGGCAGUGGCGGCGCUGGCGGCGGCGGAAGCGUUGCGGACGCGGGUAGCCUGCAGCUGCUUUUAUCAGACAAGGCGGCGGUGUUCCGCUCGGCGCCGGACGCCGCACCCAGCGCCACGCCCUUCAGCGGCUCCCCCCGCGCCGCAGCCAGCGCCCCUGGUGGCACGGGCGCCGCUGCCGGCCUGGCGCAGCUGCCGCUGCCAGCCGACUGGCGGCGCCUGCACGCCACAGCCGGCCUCACUGACUUUGCAGCUGUGCCUAUUUUGGACGCCUCCGGCGGCGUAGUGGCGGCGAUCUCCGCCGCCGGGCCGGCGGCGCCCGGCGCCGCCGACGCCACUCCUCGCACCGCCACCAGCAAUGGCGUGAUCAACAGCGGCGCCGGCGGCUGCGCCACGCCCUUUGCCGCCGCGGCGCAGGCGCUUGGAAACGGCAGCGGGGGGCUGGCAGCCCUAGGGCUUGGCCUGGGAGGUGCUGCUGCCGGCGGCGGCGGCGGCGCGGGGUCCAGCAGCCUGGGUCUAUCGCUUCAGGGGCGGCAGCUCCAGCGGCUGGGGCGUGUGGUGGGGCUGGCGUUCUUUGGCGAUGGGCUGCAGCUGGGCGUGUGGCAGGAGGCGGCGGCGGCGCUGGUGGGCGUGCAGCGCGCCGAUAGCCUGCAGGCGCUGGUGGAGAGUGUGCACCGCGCCUUUGGCCCGCUGCUGGAGCGGCGCUUCCGGCUGGAGGGCGCUCGCUGCGUGCUGGCGCUGGCAGAUUCCAUGGAGGCGCGAGUGGCCUACUUUGGACCCGUGGCGGCGGCGGCGGCGACGGUGGCGGCGGCAGGGGCUGGCAGCGGCGCCGCUGGGGUGACAGCGGGCGCGACGCCGGGCACGCCCGGCACGCCUGGCGGCGGCGGCAGCGGAGCUGGCGCAUCGGCGUUUGCGGCGGCGGCGGCGGUGGCGGCGUCUGCGACACCUGCGCUGCCGCAGCAGCAGCCCAGUGGUGGGCGCGCGCCGGGCACGCCGGGCGGUGGCGGGGCUGGCGCGGGCGGCGGCGGCGGCGGCGGUGUGCCUACGCCGCUUCAGGGCGUGUUGGGUCCGCUGAUGGACACACUGCUGCUGGAUGUGGUGUCGCGGGAGGGGCCAGGCAACGGGCGUGUGGUGACCAACUGCCGCGCCUACCUGCAGCAGGAGGACCGGCCGGGGCGGGAUGUGCAGGUGUGCUUCCAGCUGUGCCGCAUGCCGCCCGCCUGCCUGGCGCUGGCGGUGGCGGGCGCUGCCGACUCCACGCUGGCGCCCGAGGUGGCGCUGUACGUGUGCGGCGCGCAGCAGCAGCUGCCGGCGGGGCUGCUGGAGGACGUGCGGGUAGAGGUGCAGGCGGUGCUGCAGCUGCUACUGCCGCACAUCCACCGGCAGCUGCUGGGGCCGCUGGCAGGCGAGUGGGCCAGCAUGCGACUGCAGGCCGCCGCCGCAGCCACACUGCCCGGCGGCGGCCUGCUGCGAGCCGGCGGCGGCGGCAGCAGCACCUCGGGCGGCGGCGGCGGCACCUUCAGCAGGGGCAGCAGCCUGGGGUACGCCAACCUGGGCGGCGCCGGCGACAGCUCGGCCAGCCUGCACGGGGCCAACCUGGUGGCGGCGGCGGCGGCGCUGAACGGCGCGUCGCUGGGCCGCACCCUGAGCUUCAGUGUGGACGACGUGGUGAGCCACUCGCCGGCGCACCUCAAGGUGGUGGUGGCGGGCAUACAGUCCACCAUCUCCACAGCACAGAUGGCUCAGGCCUGGCAGGCGGCGGGCGACGCCGGCACGCGCGAGUCCAUCGACGACCUCUACUCCAUCCGCCUGCGCGAGACGGUGGGGCAGGGCGGGCAGGGCGUGGUGUUCCGCGGCCUCAUGCACGGCCUGGAGGUGGCCGUCAAGGUCGUGGCCAAAGACAUGCCCGGAGCCCUCAUCGCAAAGGUGCAGCAGCAGCAGCAACAGGCGGCGGCGGCGGCCGCAGGCCGCCGCGGCGCCGGAGGCGCCGCGGGCGGCGGCGGCGGCGCCGCCGCUGCCGCGGCCGCCGCCGCCGCGGACAAGCCGGUGGACCCGGAGCAGGUGCUUCGCACUGCCAAGCGCGAGUUGAUCCGUGACGCGCUGGAGCUGGCGGUCACCAGCGCCGUGAGCCACCCGCACAUCGUGCAGGUGCACAACUACUUCUUCGACGUGCUGGUGGUGGGCUAUGCCCAGGACGACCCCGCCCUGCUGCAGCAGCAGCAGCAGCAGGCGGCCAGCGGCGGUGGCGGCGGCGGCGCGGCGGCGGCGGCCAGCAGCAACUACCUGCGGCUGGUGCGGCGAGUGGACGCCACGGAAGAGAUGGUGGCGGAGGGCCCCACCAACCUGGUGAUAGUGAUGGAGUACUGCGACGCGGGCACUCUGAAGGACGUGCUGCGGCGCGGCUGCUUCCGGCGGGGCGUGGAGCCCAACGGCUGGCCGCGACUGGACCUGGCGGCCAUGUACACGUGCCUGCUGGAGGUGGCGCUGUCGCUGCGGCACCUGCACGCCCUCAGCCUGGUGCACUGCGACCUGAAGCCCAGCAAUGUGCUGCUGAAGACGCAGCCGCGCGACCCGCGUGGCUGGAUCUGCAAGCUGUCCGACUUCGGCUGCGUGCGCAUGCUCAAGCCGCCUGCCGAAGAGCCCGGGACCGGCAACAGCACCAGCACCGGCACCGGCACGGCCGCCGCCGGCGCGCCCGCCGCCACCUUCCCGCACUUCACGGUGACGCGGGCGCUGGGCACCCUGACCCACAUGGCGCCCGAGGUGAUCAGCAAAGGCGCGCUGCUGACAGCCAGUGUGGACAUCUACUCCUUUGGCAUCAUGAUGGCGGAGCUGGUGAGCGGCGUGCCUCAGGACCAGUGCCUGCCGGGCAAGGAGGCCAUCCAGCUGGCGCGCAAGGGCGUGCGGCCCUCGCUGCCGCCCUACUGCCCCAAGGAGUACAGGGACGUGUGCGCCGCCUGCUGGUCCCACGACCCGCACCUGCGCCCCUCCGCCUCCGAGUUGGUCAACGUACUGCAGGCGCUGCUGGGGCAGGCUCAGGGCCAGGUGGCGUCAAGCAACAAUGCCGGCCUAGCCCUCGCCCUGCAGCAGCAGCAACAGCAGCAGCAGCAGCAGCAGCAGAUGGCGGCGCAGCAGAAACAGCAGCAGCAGGCAGCGGCGGCGGCACACCUGGCGCAACAGCAGGCCGCGGCUGCGGCUGUAGCACAGCAGCAGGUGGCGGCAGCUUCCGUAGCUGCGCACCUGCAGCAGCAGCAAGUCACCGCCGUGCAGCUGCAGCAACAGCAGCUGCAGCAACAGCAGCAGCAACUGCAACUCCAGGCGCACCUAAAGCAGCAACAACAGCAGCAGCAGCAGCGGGCAGGUGCGGGCACACAGGCUCAGCCCACGGCGGACAUGGCCUGGCCCCCGUCCCUCUACGCCGUGCCUCCGCCCGUGUCUCCCUCCGGCGGCCCUGCGGCUGCCAGCGGCCCGGUCGCGAUGCCCCAUACUGACGUCGCAGACGCUCUGAGGCUGCAGCAACAGCCACAGCCCAUGCAGGCCAGGUCGCCGUCUGCAGUCGCCGAGUCGGUGAUACAUGCCGCUCCAAUGGCGGCGGCGACCCUCGAGCCGCCGCCGCCGCCGUCUUCUCACAAGCAGCCGCUACAGGGCCAGUCGGCACCCGGCAGCAGGGACAGCCGUGCCGCCAGCGCGCCAACCGCUGGAGCCGGUGCCAGCAGCGCCGGAGGCCCCUCCUCGGCCGCCGCUGCAAAGGGCGGCAGCGCCGGCAGCAGGGCGCGCGCGCUGCUGCCUCCACAGCAGCAGUCGCCGGUCAAGGCCGGCGGCGUGGGCGCAGAAGCUGCAGCGCAGCAGCAGCAGAAGCGGAACGGUGGCUUGCACCAGCACUUUACUAAUCAGGCGCUGGCCAGCGGCGGCCCCGCCGGCCUAGGCUCCGCGCCCACCGGCGGCGCCAACGGCUCCGGUGCCGGCGGCCUAAUGUCUGGCGGCCCGCAGGCGGCGCCUCUGGGCAUCUGCUCGUCCAACCCCGCCGGCGGCUGUCACACCGGCACUGGCAGUGCUAUGACGGCGGUGACUGCGGCCAGUCAGCUGUCACUGCACCGCCAGUCGUCGGGCGAGAGCAGCAGCACCGCACGUCAGGUGGCGCAGCAGGCGCUGCGCAGCGCACCCUCCCGUGAGGCCGCAUCCGCCACCGCCGCCGGCAGCGCCGCCGCCUCCAUGCGCCUCGCUAUUAACGCGGCCGGCGGCUCAGGCAUGUACAGCGCCGCCGCCGCCUCGCCCCUGGCCGGCACCUCGCCGCUCGGUGCGGCCGCCGGGAUCCUAACUGCCGCCGCGACCGCCGCAGGCGCAGGCGCUGCUGGCGGCGGCGCAGGCGCUGCUGGCGGCGGCGCAGCCGCCGUCGCCCUUGACAUGGCGGGCGAGUUGUACGACACCGCGUCAAGUACGACACCCAGCAGGUACGGCACUGCCGGUGACGGCGUCAUGGCGGGCGGAAUGGUGUCGGCGCCGCGCUCUGACAUCAUCACGCCGGACGAUUGCUGAGCAUGGCGGGGGCGGGCGGCUAUUGCUGUGGUGGUGGUGGUGGCGGUGGUGGCGGUGGUGGUGGCGGCAGCAGCAUUAUGGGCGGGUUGCGUCUUGAUGCGGAGAAGAGGCCGAUCGGUCGGCCCAUGCGGCAUGGGCGUCGGGUGGUGUGUGUCACACUGCGCGUUUGCGCAGCAAAUGAAAGUCGUUCAACGCAAUGGAAUAUGGUAGACAGAUUACUAAUCGGUUGAAUGUGGGGCACCGGGAUUGACAGCUGGCCCCUGGAAGGCGCGAAACGACAGCUGGCGGGGGUUAGCUAGGGUGCGGCCCGCGGCAGCCGCUGGUGCCCUUGUCGCCAUUCAUGCUAUGAUUCGGGGGGGGCAUUGUGGAUGUGCUGAUCACAAGCCUUGAUCUUUGGGGGGACCAUUGUAGGGCGGCGCAGCACUCAUGUUGGCGUGCGGUGCAUGUUGCGAACUAUCGUGGGUUGCACUGCACUGAGCUUAUUGAGCCACCUGGAUGGGCUGGAAAGAGCACGUGGAAAGGUCGAGGACAGACGCACAAGGCGCAUCGCUAAAUCGACACAAACGCCAGACCGGUACGCCGGCGAGCUGAGUUGCAUGGCAAAGAAACGGCUACGCAGUGGCGGUGGCACGAAGAAAUAAGCAUUACAAAUGACGCCAAAGCGUGCGCAGUAGCAGAGCCGUAGUAGCACUGGCCGGUGACCUAGGACAGGCAUGGGGGGGUUAGCGAAGUCUGAGUCCGGCGCAUUCGAUACCACGUGAGGUUCGACGCGAGGGCUGAGCGGGUGAGUGGCGCGGCAGGCAGACAGGCGGAGGAGGUUUGUUGGGGUUGCGGCUGCAGUUGGGCUCGCGACAAUGAGGUUGCUAGCUAUCGUGUUUUCCAAUUUGUACCCAGGUUAAGCAAACAGCACUGUAGUGGACUGUCGCCGUAUCUAAGACGCUCUGGUUGGUGCUGGGGAAAGCGCUGUCACGGCGGCGGCAGCGGCUGCGUCUGCGUGUGUGUGAGCGCAGGCGGGCUGAAACUUAACUGCCCGCAACGGCGUCACUGGCUACGUCUGAAAGCGUCAUGUCUGGGCAUGCUUUUUGAUGUGUGCUGAUGAAGGCAUGGUUGAUAGGCACUGAGCAAGAGAGGUGGACGACUUCCAGGGAUUGAGGGAAGCGUAGUUUUUGUGGGCACAUGCGCGGCGAAGGCUGUGCUGGCGAAGGCUGUGCGGCGAAGGCUGUGCAUGUACGCGAGUGCUUCUGAGGGGGGCAAGUGAUGUGCCCGAGGUCCUGAGCGUACAGGCGCUGCCACUCCGGACAUGUGACAGAACGUCGGGGCCCGGGGCCUGGCGGUUGUAGGUCCGGGCUGUCUGUAUGCGGGUGUGGUGCCUAGCAGCGAAGCUGUGUGGGCGUGCGGGCACCAGCUACACGCACGUGUCGCCGCCACGUCUGGCACGCGUGGCUUCAAAGGGGUUAGCUUUUUGCGACGAGUGGCUUUGGUACACGUGGGUUCGGAUUGUUUGCGGUUGUCGGGCCGGCAGUAAGGAAGGAAGGCAGAGACACCGGGACGGCUGCCCCCACCCACGGCCGCAACAGGGCGCAUGCGGUGUGCAGCCAUGCGGGGGGGGGGCAGCCACACCUCGGCUGCGGCACGUGGUGUCAGUCAGGUGGGAGUGGAGAGUGCGAAUAUCGGGAGCGAGAUGAGACGGCGCUGGGUCACUGGCGAGGGAGAGCGUCUGCAAGGACAUGCGGCGAAGGUGUGGCACAGGAGGGUCUUGUGACUGGUGAGGGGCCGGGCGCCGGGCCUCAGGAUGGCUGUGCUACCGUGUGACUGAAUGGGCGUGCGUACGCCACCCGGAAAACAAACCUCAGCCCGCGCGCUGCAUGUUUGGCGGCACCGCCGGUGGGGCAGCAAUAUGCGCGUAUGUCCAAGAGAAGUAAACCGAGAAGCGCGGCACCUAUUAUUCCGAGUGGGUGGUGAAGACUUGUGUGCAUUGUGUCGCAGGGGCCUGCGUUGUAGCAAGAGCUGCAGCAGAAUCCAACUUCCUCGUGCACCUCGUGAGUGAUGCACACGUGUGCCCACUUUGUGUGAGUGAAGACAGACGUCCAGGCUAUGCACGGCCAUACGCCAUGCACACACACCUUUACGUCAGUCGCCUUUGCCUGUCUGUCGCGGUUUCGUAAGCAUAACGCUGAUGGGCAUGACACGCUGAUGAGAAGUACAAUGGUAACGGCAGUACGGAGACUGGAAGCUGCGGCGGUGCGGCAGUGCGAGCGGGCCUAAGAAAUGAAGAGGCGGGUGCCGCGAGGGCGGCCAGCACUGCUGAGCAAUGCGUGCACGUCAUCUUAUGCUGUGUUGUGUUCGUCGCAUGUGUGAAGGCACGGGGUGUUUGAAACAGGCCCACACGCAGCUGGUGCGUUGUGGUGUAGCUGGUGCGCGGCUGACCUGAGACCGAGACAUGCGAAGAUGGGGACGUGACAGCGCGGGCGUGCAGGAGGUGGGUGUCGGGGUGUGGUAGGGGCGCGCGGCACUGGAGGGGGGCGGCGCUUGAUGAUCGGGGAAGGUGUGAGUAGUCGCUCAUUCAUUAGGGAAGGGGUUUGUGUCGUAAGCAACAGAUGCCCUGGAACGGCCAGUGGACCACAUGGGGUGGCGGACGGUGGCGGGGAGGGGCGUGGCGUGCCACCCCA